AUCACUGCGCCGCUCUCUUAAACCGUCGCCUCACCAGCAGCAGCAAGAACCAUCAGCUAGCUUCUUUUAGCAUCUUUAGCUAACCCCCGGGCACACAGGCGCAUCUGUCCGCUCUCUGUCUCGGUGAUGUGUGUCGCUUGAUUUCUACGGAAGUUGACGGUGUGAGCGACUGAAGCGAAGCUGCGGUGUGAAGAUGCAGUUCAUGCUGCUGUUCAGUCGGCAGGGAAAGCUGCGCCUACAGAAAUGGUACGUGCCUCUGUCGGACAAAGAGAGGAAGAAGAUCUCCAGGGACCUGGUGCAGACCAUACUGGCCAGGAAACCCAAGAUGUGCAGCUUCUUGGAGUGGAGGGACCUCAAGAUUGUGUACAAGAGAUAUGCAAGCCUGUAUUUCUGCUGUGCAGUCGAGGAUCAGGAUAACGAGCUGAUCACGUUGGAAAUCAUCCACAGAUACGUGGAGCUGCUGGACAAAUACUUUGGCAGUGUGUGUGAGCUGGAUAUCAUCUUCAACUUUGAGAAGGCCUACUUCAUCCUGGAUGAGUUCCUGCUGGGUGGAGAGGCCCAGGAGACGUCCAAGAAGAACGUGUUGAAGGCCAUUGAGCAGGCCGACCUGCUGCAGGAGGAGGCCGAGGCGCCACGGAGCGUUUUAGAGGAGAUUGGGCUGACAUAAAUCACCCCUCUGCUGCCUCGCCGUUCCUUCUACCAAUUCAGAUCUGGCGACCUCCACGACUCCCCCCGUCUUCUCCUGGUCACUGUGUUGGUGUUGUAUGUAUAUAAUCACCAUCGCUGUACUGUACUAUCCUGUAAUGUCCUUUCAAUGUGGUGCCAACUGUGCUUUUGAUGUGUCCUUAUGUACAAGUUCCCUCGCUGUGCUAUUAUCGUACGUCACUCCCGCAACUUCUUCAAAAUGCCACAGAGAACAAUGUAGCAACAACAUGAAAUCUCCAUGAGGAUCAUCCAUCAUCACAGAUUGAAGGGUUGGUUGUGCUGUUUGGCUUCAGGAAUUUUUUAAGGUGCUGUUGAAGCUGUAGUAUGUUCGAGUCACAGAGCAUAGCAUCUGAUUUCAGGAAAGAAUAAAUACUGAGACAUGGAAAUUUGAUUUUUUUUCACAAUUCUCAACUCUUCCAAACAUAUAGAUGAAAUACUUUUCUAUAAAAUAAUAAAUGUUAAAUUUGGUUCCUCUACAAAUUGAGCAAGGAGAUAUGUCGUAUGCCUUUCAGACUUGGGUGCUCACAUCCGCCCUGAGUGAUCCAGUCACUAGUGGUCAGCGCUAAAUACAGGUCUGAAUGCACCCGAAUGUGUCCUCACUGCAUCCUGAGAUCUAAGCACAGACCACAUUCUCAGGUUGUCUGCUUAGCGCUGUACACUCGUGAUCUCUGGGCAGAUAUUAAUACCAGGUCUGAACAGAGCCCAGAAACAACUUCUGGACAACAGCAACAAGUGUUGUGAAAUUAUCUCCUUGGGUUUACUUUUUUAAAAGAUUGGGAAUUAAUUUUUUGGAAGAUCUGUUGCUCAGCUCUGUGGCUCAAAUAUAAAGGUAUAACUAUUAGCUUGGGCUAAUGUUGGAAACACUGACACUGUUACAAUCACUUCUAUGUGGGUAAAUUCAGCCCAGCAGAGAAAUUAAAAAGAAUUACCUACAAUCAGUAUCAGGUUUGUACAAAUUUGUUUGGCGAUUCCUCUCCAGAAAGAAACCAUGACCUUUUAAUGAUGCAUGUUUACUUUAACCAACCAGCUGUUUGUAUUUAGUGUAAAACUGUUAUUUCAUCUUUGCAUUUUUCUGACAAUGACAUUUCUUUCAGAUUGAAGUUUGUAACGGUCUCUUAAGAUAAAUCUUAGGUCGGUCUCUCCCUUAGUCCAAGGUCAGGAUAGCAUAGUGACCAAAUAAAAGAAAUGCUAUUUCAUGUAUUGUGAUGACAGGUUGGCUUACUCUGAAAGAAUUAACAUAUGACCAAAGAACACUGUGUUUUACCUUCUCAAUGGUGUCUAAUGUGGCAGAAAAGGGAUUUACGAUGGGAGGAUGUAUGGGUUAUUUGGCUAUAUGACUAUAUAUACAAACACACACCAGUAUUAUGUUAUUAUUACAGUCCUUUUAAA